AUGUCUCGCCGUGGUGGUGGUGGUGGGCGGAGAUCGGAUUCUCGCCGCGAUCAGACGUCUCAAGCUCCUGGUCCAUCGUUUAACAGAGGCGGGGAAGGAGGGAGAGGCGGGGAAGGAGGGAGAGGCGGGGAAGGAGGGAGGGGCGGGGGAGGAGGGAGGGGCGGGGGAGGAGGGAGAGGUGGGGGAGGAGGGAGAGGCAGGGGUUAUGGCGCCGCUGCUGCCGGUGGUUCAAGACCUGCUUCGGAGCCUCACUCGCCGGCGGCUUUUCCGCCAUUGGCUUCUCCAUCGCCGUCUGCUUCAACCUCUACAGCGUCUCUGAGCCAAAAGUUCGAUCAGAGUCUCACAUUGCAGUCUCCGGCUCCGGUUCGCCGUCAGCCUUCUGAUCCUGUUCGACCUCAGCCUCAGCCUCAUCCUCAGCCUCCCCCUCCGGUUCAGGCUCAGCCUACGCCUCCUGUUCCGACUCAGCCUCAGGCUUCGUCUUCAUCUCAGGCAACAGGGGUUGAGGUGCCGCCUUCGACGUCGAAGGCCAUUACGUUCCCAAGGAGGCCGGGAUAUGGAACAGUAGGAAGAAAAUGUACGGUUCGAGCAAAUCAUUUUCAAGUACAAGUGGAUGAUAGAGAAUUCUGUCAUUAUGAUGUUACAAUAACUCCUGAGGUAAUGUCAAAGACUCUAAACCGGGAAAUAAUAAAGCAACUUGUUGACUUAUACAAGGUGUCACAUUUGGGUAAACGUAGUCCGGCAUAUGAUGGCAGUAAGAGCCUGUAUACAGCAGGUCCAUUGCCCUUUACUUCAAAAGAGUUUGUGGUUAAGCUAGUUAAAACAGAUGAUGGGGCUGGUCCAAGAAGGGAGCGUGAAUUUAAGGUGGCUAUUAAAUUGGCUUCCAAGGGUGAUUUAUAUCAGCUACAACAGUUUUUGUGUGGCAGACAACUCAAUGCUCCCCAAGAGACCAUACAAAUUCUUGAUGUGGUUCUUAGAGCAUCACCAUCCGAAAAUUAUACUGUUGUGGGGCGGUCAUUUUUCUCUACUCAAUUGGGGAGAAAAGGUGAGCUUGGUGAUGGCUUAGAGUAUUGGAGAGGCUACUAUCAAAGUCUUCGCCCAACCCAAAUGGGACUCUCCUUUAAUAUUGAUGUGUCAGCGAGAUCUUUCUAUGAGUCUAUUCUUGUGACUGACUUUGUUGCAAAACAUUUGAAGCUUAGAGAUGUAUCAAGACCUCUGUCUGAUCAGGACCGUAUUAAGGUAAAGAAAGCCUUGAAGGGAGUUAAGGUACAACUCACUCAUAGGGAGUUUGCUAAACGUUACAAAAUUGCUGGUGUCUCAAGUCAACCAACGAACCAAUUGAUGUUUACCCUUGAUGACCAGGCAACAAGAGUGUCAGUUGUUCAAUACUUCCGCCAAAAGUACAAUAUUGUACUCAAAUACCCCUCUUGGCCUUCUCUCCAAGCUGGGAGUGACUCGAAACCUAUUUAUUUACCCAUGGAGGUCUGCAAGAUUGUUGAGGGCCAAAGAUAUACAAGGAAAUUGAAUGAAAGGCAGGUAACUGCUCUGUUAAGAGCAACAUGUCAGCGUCCUAGUGAGAGGGAAGGAAACAUUCAAGAGAUGGUCAGAAAAAAUAAUUUCAGCACAGAUAGAGUUGUAAGGGACGAAUUUGGCAUUCGUAUAAAUGAGGAACCUACAUUGGUUGAUGCCCGUGUUUUGCCGCCUCCAAUGCUUAAGUAUCAUGACAGUGGGCGAGAAGCAAAGGUUGAUCCACGGGUGGGGCAGUGGAACAUGAUAGACAAGAAAAUGGUAAACGGUGGAACAGUGCAAUUCUGGACAUGUUUGAACUUCUCUUUUAGAGUACAGCAAGAUUUGCCAUCUGGAUUCUGUCGUGAAUUGGUCAAUAUGUGUGUCAGCAAAGGAAUGGUAUUCAACCCCAAUCCUUUACUUCCAAUACAAUCUGCUCACCCUAAUCAAAUUGAGAAGGCUCUAGUAGACGUUCACAAGCAGUCUACGGCAAAACUUGCAAGCAUGGGACAAAAUGGGAAACAACUCCAGCUGCUGAUAAUUAUUCUACCUGAUGUAACUGGGUCAUAUGGUAAAAUCAAACGAAUAUGUGAAACGGAGUUGGGAAUUGUUUCGCAAUGCUGUCAGCCUAGCCAAGCUUCAAAACUUAAUAAGCAGUAUUUUGAAAAUGUUGCACUGAAGAUAAAUGUGAAGGUUGGGGGCCGGAACACUGUACUUUUUGAUGCAAUUCAAAGGAGAAUUCCUCUGGUGAGUGAUCUUCCGACAAUAAUCUUUGGUGCCGAUGUUACCCACCCUCAACCAGGGGAAGAUUCUAGCCCAUCAAUAGCUGCGGUGGUGGCUUCAAUGGAUUGGCCUGAAGUUACCAAGUACAGGGGGCUGGUGUCUGCUCAGCACCACCGCGAAGAAAUUAUUCAGGAUCUCUAUAAAACAACUGCAGAUCCUCAUAAAGGUGUAACUCAUGGAGGCAUGAUUAGGGAAUUGCUAAUUGCCUUUCGCAGAUCCACUGGCUAUAAGCCCAGUAGAAUCAUAUUCUACAGAGAUGGUGUCAGUGAAGGUCAAUUCAGUCAGGUUUUGCUGCAUGAAAUGGAUUCUAUAAGAAAGGCCUGUGCAUCACUGGAGGAGGGGUAUCUACCACCAGUUACAUUUGUUGUGGUGCAGAAAAGGCACCAUACGCGCUUUUUCCCUUCAGAUCAUAGAAGUCGUGAUUUGACAGAUAGGAGUGGCAACAUUUUACCAGGUACGGUUGUUGAUACCAAGAUCUGCCACCCUACCGAGUUUGAUUUUUACCUCAAUAGCCAUGCUGGAAUUCAGGGCACCAGCAGGCCAACACAUUAUCAUGUGUUAUAUGAUGAGAACAAGUUCACGGCAGAUAUCUUGCAAAUUCUUACAAAUAAUUUGUGUUACACGUAUGCAAGGUGCACCCGCUCUGUCUCCAUAGUUCCCCCUGCUUAUUAUGCCCAUUUAGCAGCCUUCCGGGCUCGAUAUUAUAUUGAGGGUGAUACAUCUGAUUCUGGAUCUGGAAGUGGGGACAGGAGUACAAGGGAGAGGAACCUGGAGGUUCGGCUCCUGCCUGCAGUCAAAGAAAAUGUUAAAGACGUGAUGUUUUACUGCUGAGUUUAAUCAGGUCUUGCAUUUUGUGGAUUGAUUACUUUUGGGAUGAUUUUGCACAAAUUAUUCCCCUUUUGAAUCAACUUUUUAUGAAAUGUAUGCCCACCACCUUCCAAGUGGUUCUUGCUCGGUUGGAACAGCAACACAGAAUUGCUGCCCUUCUUUUUUUUGAAUAGCAACACACGGCUGUAGCCUUCUUUUUGGAACAGUAACGCUGAUAUAUAUAGUUUGUGCAUAUUAUUUUUCUCAGAA